AUGGAUGCACUGCCAGCGAUACGCAACUGCUCGUCAAGCAGACAGCUUGUCACAACUAACUCAACGCAUAUCUGGGUUCUGCGUGAGGCUUUCUACUCCUACGACGUUUUUAGAGAAGAUACUUUUUACUGCUGCUAUAAGAAUUUUUCAGCAGUCGGUAACAUUGAAAAUAUAGUCUACAGUGAUUGCGAAGAAUUUUCAAAUGUGAUACCAGCGAAACACGAAUUUGUGCACAUCGAAUGUUUUCAUUUGGACGGAGUAAUUUUCAGGGAUUUCUUUAUAUUCAAUCGACAUGAAACAGUUACACCUAAUAGGUUUCGCAGUGAAGAAUAUAACAUACUUGUACUUGGGAUCGAAAGCAUGUCACGACUUAAUUUUCAUCGCACUAUGCCUCAUACGUCAGAAUUUUUAAAACAAAAAGGUGUUAUCGAGUUAUUGGGCUAUAAUAAGGUAGGAGAUAACUCGUACCCUAACUUAUUUCCAGUACUAACAGGACUCUCAUUUGACUACGUGAAGCAGUCAUGUGUUCAUGGAAGUGUAAUGAAUAAUAACCAAUGUAAGUUCAUAUGGGAUAAGUUUAAAGAUAAGGGAUAUAACACAGCGCUAGGCUCCGACAGCACCGCGGGCCUGCUCGGCAACUACGAGUAUAGCCUGCCCAGUAUACCAACAGAUUUCUACUUACAGCCAUUUAUAUUCGAAACAAGAAAACUAUUCACAAACCAAAAUUAUAGUUAUCACUCUUGCAAGGGAUCUAAAUAUUUUUAUAGACUACUUCUAGAUUAUAUUUACAGCUUAACGCAAAAUUUAAAAUCAAAUAAAUUAUUUGGUAUGUUUUGGGAGGAAUCUAUAAGCCAUGAAAAUGUCAACAACCCAUGCAUCAUGGAUGAGUCUUAUUAUAAAUUAUUAAGUAAUUUAGAUCAAGAUGGUUAUUUAAACAAAACCAUACUUAUACUAUUAAGCGAUCAUGGAAUGAGAUGGGGGAGAAUAGUGCUGACCAAGCAAGGCCGUCUAGAGGAACGUUUACCAUUACUCGCUAUACUUUUCCCAGAAGAAUUUAAAAGUCGUUAUAAACUUGCCUAUAAAAAUAUUGAAAAUAAUGUAAAUCGCCUUACUUCGCCAUACGAUAUUUAUGAGAGUCUUUUAGACCUAAUGGAUCCGGACAGGCUGGAAGACAACGUGAUCGGAUCAAGGUCUAAAUCUGCUUCUGUUAGUCGAUCUAGUCUUUUCCUCCCUAUCCCUGCAAUACGGAAUUGCUCAUCAAUAGGUGUUGCCGAGCACUGGUGCGCGUGUCGCGGCGGGGUCAAUAUAAAGGUCGGAAGCAAAGCCAAAACAUUAGUUGCGAACAAACUUGUAGCACAAAUCAACAAAUUACUUAUAGACUACUCACAAUGCCAUAAAUUAAUACUGAAAAACAUUUACGAUGUACAUUUAGUAGAAAAUAAUCAAAAAUUGCGAGUUUAUACUGCAAGAGUUAAAACUAAGCCCGGUGGUGGUAUAUUUGACGGCACGGUUAUCCAAGAUGGAACGCAUUGGGUGAUUUCAGGAACAGUUAGUCGCCUAAAUCUAUAUCGGAAUCAAAGCUAUUGUGUUAAUAAUGCUGCAAUUAAAAUGUACUGCUACUGCGUGUAG